CACAACAGUACAACUGUGCCGCUGCGCCCACUCGAUAGUAGUACUGGCAGUGGUACUAGGGGAAAUCCAUUGCGCCCGCGCGUGAGCUUAGCCUUGGAAGUUUUCCUAGGUCCAGGAUCCGGGUUUUCUUGCUCUGCAGAACCUGAUCAAGAUUCAAGGGAGAUUGGAAAAGGAGGCUGGGUAGUUGGCUCUGGGUUUAGAGGGGCCAGCUCAGUCGUCAGAAACGUUUGGACAUUGUAACCAGCGUGGUAUCAAUGCGUGCAGGCCUGUUGGAUGAGAUACAUUGUCAAUCGAUUUGAGUUUCGGGCCCAGCAUUCUGCACCGUGGGUCCUGUGUGCGGCGCAAUGCAGUCGGUUGUGAGCAGCCGGGCGUGCUUUGAAGCCAACCUCAGGCCAGCAUGUUCCGCUGCCCUCCAGGGGCAGAAUCAAGGACGAGUGGAGGCAUUUUGGAGUCCAAGCGGCGCCUGUGUAAAUCCUUCCUUUGACGGUCUUCGGCGAGCUCCCUUGUUGUUCCAGUCACAUUCACAGGAGUUGAAAACCCUAUCCGGCACCCCCUUCCUAUCACCAUGCCGGCAGACAAGAACUGCGACACCUGCUCGAGCGGUGGCCGCAGGUGCGGAAGUGGAUAUUGCCACCGAGAGUGGUUCCGGCAAGCAGGUGGAGCGCGGUCCCGCCUGGUCGGUCCACAAGUUCGGGGGCACGUGCGUUGCCAACCCCGAGCGCAUCAAGAAUGUCGCGCAGAUCAUCACCGAGGACACAACCAGCAAAAAGGCGGUGGUGGUGUCAGCAAUGGCCAAGGUCACGAACCGGCUGUACAGCCUCGUUGAAUUGGCAGAGUCUCGGGACCCCGCAUAUGUACACGAACUCGACGCCCUGUUUGAGCAUCACAAGUCAGCAGCGGAGGAGCUGCUCUCGGGGUCGGACCUGGCGGCGUUUGUGAAAGUGCUCACCAGCGAUAUAGACGACCUGAAAGCAAUGCUGCGGGCCAUCUCAAUCGCUGGCAAUGCCACGGAAGCAUUCACAGACUAUGUUGUGGGGCAUGGAGAGCUGUGGUCGGCGCAACUGUUGGCAGCAACAGUCAGAGCUCGUGGAGAGGCUGCCACGUGGAUGGACGCUCGUGAGGUUCUGACGGUCAUCCCGACCAAGAGGCACACCGAGGUGGACUUUAAGCUGUCGUCGAAAGCUGCGCCGUCCAGCCAGGUAGACCCCAACUACGAGCUUUCGGAUGCCCGGCUCGACCAGUGGUUCACACAGAAAGGCGCAGACACGAUCAUCGUUACUGGGUUCGUGGCGCGCACGCCCGACGGCAUCCCAACCACGUUGAAGCGGGACGGGUCCGACUUCAGCGCGGCGAUUAUGGGGGCGCUGUUCCGGGCUGGGCGCAUCACAAUCUGGACGGACGUGGACGGAGUGUACAGUGCUGACCCACGAAAGGUGUCGGAGGCGGUGGUGUUGCCGCUUCUGUCCUACCAAGAAGCGUGGGAGAUGUCGUACUUCGGCGCCAACGUGCUGCACCCGCGCACGACGCUCCCGGCCAUGAAGUACGACAUCCCGAUCACGAUCCGCAACGUGUUCAACCAGGAGGCCCCCGGGACCAAGAUUUGGAGAAUGACCCCCCCUCAAGAGGAGGGCCAGGAGCAUCUGCUGGGCGACGGGGUUGUGAAGGGCUUUGCGACGAUUGACAAUGUGGCCCUCAUCAAUGUUGAGGGCACGGGCAUGGCGGGCGUCCCUGGCACGGCGAGCGACAUCUUCUCGACGGUCUCCGUCGUGGGCGCCAACGUCAUCAUGAUCUCCCAGGCCUCCAGCGAGCACUCCAUCUGCUUCGCGGUCCCGGAGGCCCAAGCCCAGGCCGUCGCGCGCGCGCUUGAGUCCAAGUUCCGGCGCGCCCUCGACGCGGGGCGCAUCGCGAAGGUGGAAGUCCUCCCGAAAUGCAGCAUCCUGGCCGCUGUCGGCCAGAACAUGGCGAGCACCCCCGGGGUCAGCUCGAUGCUGUUCAACGCGCUCGCGAAGGCGAACAUCAACGUGCGCGCGAUCGCGCAGGGGUCGUCGGAGUAUAAUAUCACGGUUGUAGUGGAGCAGGGGGACUCGAUCAAGGCGUUGAAGGCGGCGCACAGCCGGUUCUAUCUGUCCAAGACGACGCUCGCGGUGGGGGUUGUCGGGCCGGGGAACAUCGGAGCGGAGCUGCUGGACCAGUUCAAGGCGCAGACCUCGAAAUUGAAGGAGGAGUUCAACAUCGACCUGCGGGUACUGGGGAUUGCUGACUCGAAAAAAGUGCUAGUAGACGAAAGCGGGAUCGACCUGGAGCGGUGGCAAGCCCGGCUGGACGAAGACGGCGCGCCCGCGAGCUUGGACGACUUCACGGCGCGCAUGAAGACCAACUACUUCCCCAACACCGUCAUGAUCGACUGCACCGCGAGCGCCACCGUUGCGUCCUUCUACCAGCGCUGGAUCCGGCAGGGCAUGCACAUCAUCACGCCCAACAAGCGCGCCAACUCGGGGCCCCUCGACUACUACCUGAAGCUGCGGGAGCUGCAGCGCAAGUCGUACACGCACUACUUUUACGAGGCCACCGUCGGCGCUGGGCUGCCCAUCAUGAGCACGCUGCGCGGGCUGCUCGAAACGGGGGACAAGGUCGAGCGCAUCGAGGGCAUCUUCAGCGGCACUCUGAGCUACAUUUUCAAUAGCUUUGACGGCUCCAAGCCGUUCAGCGGCAUCGUGAAAGAAGCCAAGGAAGCGGGCUUCACCGAACCCGACCCACGGGACGACCUCUCCGGAAUGGACGUCGCUAGAAAGGUCACUAUCCUGGCCCGAGAGUCGGGACUCCGGUUGGAGCUAGAGGACAUCCCCAUCCAGAGCCUGGUCCCGGCACCCCUAGCGGAAUGCAAAACGGUCGACGAGUACAUGUCAAAACUGCCCGAGUAUGACGACGAUCUAUCCCGGCAACAAGCCGAGGCUGAGGCGGCCGGCGAGGUGUUGCGGUACGUGGGUGUGGUAGAUGCCGUGAACGGGAAGGGUAGCGUGGAGCUUCGACGGUAUCCCAAAUCGCACGCGUUUGCCCAGCUGUCGGGCACGGAUAAUAUUAUCUCGUUCCAGACCACGCGAUACCAUGCUCAGCCGCUUAUAGUGAGGGGCCCGGGGGCGGGGAGAGAAGUGACCGCGGGCGGCGUGUUCAGCGAUAUAUUGAGACUAGCGGCAUACCUUGGAGCUCCUUCGUAGUUUAGCAAGCUCUAGGUUCGAAGUUGAAUUCUGCUUAUGAACGAAAGGUCUUCGAUGGAACGAGGAUAGAUGAAGCGCAGGGUUCAAAUUGAGGUAUCUUGCAGUACUGGUGAAUCGAAGUACCAUUCUACCGUCAGUCACAUGUGCCUAACGUUGAUUCGUAAGUAACAGGUGCAUAAUUGCAUAUUUAGGUGUGCAGUACAUGCAUCGAAGAAUUUCAACCAGGCACGCUGCGCAUGCCGCCCGCGCCCAAUGACGCUAGGAGAGCCUUUUCGAUAGAACACGUACAUAUUUCAGCCUAUCCUUGUAUAUUAUCAUCACACAUUACGCACCGUACUCCUGGCAG